GAAGUGAAGCCCAUUAUGUCUUCUCCUUCAUUUCAUGAGCCGUUACUUAUAAACUCUCGCCUCCACAAUUACUUACAUUAUACAUACUACCAACUUCAAAUUUCAUCUUCACUAGUAAUUCUUAUUCAUUCACACCUCCGCUAGUCUCUCCGGUCUUAUUUACAAUGGAGGCAGCCGCCGCCGCCGCCGACGUUGUAGCUGCGGCGCCGCCGCCGGAGAAACCGGAGGAAAUGAAUGAGGAAGACGACAAAGUAUCAGCAAAUGAAUUGUUGUUGAUUAAAGCCCAGAGACUCAUGGACAAGAUUACUUCAUCGCCGAACAAUCCGAGUCCAAGUGUUCUUCACGCUCUCGCUUCAAUUCUCGAAGCUCAAGAAUCUAGGUAUAUGGAACAUACAUUUGAUUCCACUGUGAAUAAUGUUCGUGCUCCACAUACCAUAGGACGGUUGGGGAAUCUGAUCCGGGACAAUGAUGAUUUUUUUGAAUUAAUAUCUUCAAAGUUUUUGUCAGAACCUAGAUACUCAAUAUCUGUCCAGGCAGCUGCUUUGAGGAUUCUCUUCAGCUGUUCAUUAACAUGGAUGCAUCCCCAUGUUUUUGAAGAAAAUGUUUUAGAGAAUAUUCAUGGUUGGAUAGUAAGUGAUGCUUCGAAGUCUUCCGCUGAGGAUCAUAACUCAAACAAUGUUCAUGGACUGCAAAAAUCAUCAGAGGCUGAAAUGUUAAGGACCUAUUCUACUGGAGUUCUUGCUACAUGUUUGGCCGGUGGUGCUCAAAUAGUUGAAGACGUGUUAAAAUCUGGAUUGUCAGCAAAGUUGAUUCGAUAUCUUCGCAUCCGGACUCUAGGGGAGCCAAAUAGAAAAGAUGUGAAUCAUUCAGUAGAGCGCAAACUUGCUUCAUCUACUUCAGUUAGAGGGAAAGAAGAAGCUAGGAAUCGGUUUCGGUAUGUUUCAGAGAAUUUCCAGUUAAAUGCUCCUAGGAUGAUAGAUGGGGUGACAGGUAAUCAAAUUGAAGAAAAGGACAGUGAUAGAAACUUCACUAGGCCAUCAUAUAAACAUCGGAAUGACGGUGGAGAAUCCCCUGAUAAAUUGGCGGAUGAUGAUGAUUUCGCUGCUGAUGCAGAGGGCUGCGAGGGAUGGCAUAUUCAGGAUUUACGUGAAAGGUAUGGGAAAUCUGGUGAUAGACAUGGUCAUGGAAGACCUUUAAGAGAAGAAGAUUUUGAUAAUGGUGGACAGGAUUCAUCAGAGCGCAGGGUAAGUCAUGGAUCAGUAAAACUCAGAGGAAGGGGAAAAAUAAAUGGAUAUGUGGAUGCCAAACACGGUUUAGCAUCUCCAGGGACAGUGAUAGGACAUGAGUGUAGAACAAUGGACGUGACAACAACAACUGACCAAAAUUUAAGAAGCAUAAUAGAUGUUGAGGAUAAUGAUGGUCAUGCGACAGAUAGAGAAGAUUAUGAUGAUUGCUUCCAGGAAUGCAAAAUCGGGUCCAAGGAUAUAUCUGAACUCGUUAAGAAAGCAGUCAGAGCUGCCGAAGCUGAAGCAAGGGCAGCUGCUGCUCCUGCAGAAGCCAUCAGAGCUGCUGGUGAUUCUGCUGCUGAAGUUGUCAAGACCGCUGCAUUGGAGGCAUUUAAGGAGACAAAUGAUGAAGGAGCUGCUGUUUUGGCUGCGGCUAAUGCUGCAACGACCGUCAUUGAUGCUGGUAAUGCAAUUGAAAUUUCAAGGGCUUUAAGUGCUGUUGAUUCAAAUCCAAUCUCUCAAGUGACUGAACAAAAAAAAUAUGAUGAAACUGAGGAGUUCUAUAUUCCAGACAGUAGUUCCCUGGAAAAUUUAAGAGAAAGGUUUUGCAUCCAGUGUCUGGUGAUACUUGGAGAAUAUGUUGAGGUUCUUGGUCCUAUUUUGCAUGAAAAAGGGGUCGAUGUCUGUAUUGCACUGUUGCAAAGAAGUUCGAGGCCGGAGGAACCAAAAGUUGUGCUGCUCUUGUCUGAUGUGCUUAAAUUAAUCUCUACAUUGGCUGCUCAUAGAAAAUUUGCUGCCGUGUUCGUGGAUCGUGGUGGCAUGCAAAAGCUUCUCAAUGUUCCAAGGGUUGCUCAAACAUUUUUGGGCUUGUCUUCAUGCUUGUUCACGAUAGGUUCCCUUCAGGUUAUAAUGGAACGUGUAUGUGCCCUCCCCUCAGAUGUUCUCUAUCGGGUGAUGGAGUUAGCUCUUCAACUUCUUGAAUGUCCCCAAGAUCUAGCAAGAAAGGAUGCAGCUUUAUUUUUUGCUGCUGCAUUUGUUUUCAAAGCAGUCCUGGAUUGCUUUGAUGCUCAGGAUGGUUUGCACAGGCUGUUAAAUCUGUUACAUAAUGCAGCAUCAGUGAGAUCUGGGGUAAGAGGAACAUUUGCUUCAGGAGGAUCACAUAAUAGCGAUCAGUCUCCUCCUUUGGAAGUGUUGACCUCAUCUGAGAAGCAGGUAGCUUACCACACUUGCGUCGCAUUAAGACAAUAUUUCAGAGCACACCUCCUGUUGCUUGUGGAUUCAAUACGUCCUAAUAAAUCUAAUCGAAGUGUGGCACGAAAUGUACCAAGUGUUAGAUCAGCCUACAAGCCCCUUGAUAUCAGUAAUGAGGCUAUGGAUGCAACAUUUCAUCAGAUGCAGAAGGAUCGGAAGCUUGGUCCUGCAUUUGUUAGAGCUCAUUGGCCUGCAGUUGACAAGUUCUUGGCCUUGAAUGGGCAUGUCACAAUGCUGGAGUUGUGUCAGGCCCCACCUGUAGAACGCUACUUGCAUGACUUGAUUCAAUAUGCAUUGGGUGUUCUGCACAUUGUUACACUAGUACCAUACAGCCGCAAACUCAUAGUGAAUGCCGCACUUAGCAAUGAUCGUGUAGGGAUAGCAGUCAUCUUGGAUGCAGCAAAUGGUGCUGGUCAUGUUGAACCACAGAUUAUUCAACCAGCACUCAGUGUGCUGGUCAAUCUUGUUUGUCCUCCACCAUCAAUCAGUAAUAAACCAACUCUUCCAAGUAAUGGACAGCAGUCUAUCAUUCAGUCAUUAAAUGGUCCUAUUGAUGGUAGAGACAGAAGGGCAGAGCGGAAUAUCCCAGACCCAACCAUUCCUAACCAGAACGAAACAAGGGAGCAGACGAGCGAUUCGGUUCUUGAAAAAAGGAUCAGCUCAGCGUCUCUUAGUACAACUUCAGCCAGUAAUCUAUCACUAACUCCUGUAUCAGCCGUCCCGUCUGGCUUAGUUGGAGAUCGUAGAAUUUCUUUAGGUGUUGGGGCUGGUUGUGCAGGACUUGCUGCACAACUGGAACAAGUAUUCCAUCAAGCAAGAGAAGCUGUCCGGGCCAACAAUGGAAUCAAGGUUCUUCUUCAGCUUCUCCAGCCACGCGUACUUACUCCUCCAGGUGCCCUCAACUGUCUUCGUGCUCUUGCAUGCCGAGUGCUUCUUGGUUUAGCUAGGGAUGAUGCAAUUGCGCACAUUUUAACUAAGCUUCAGGUUGGGAAAAAGCUGUCUGAACUUAUUCGAGAUUCAGGUGGCCAGUCAUCCGCAAGUGAGCAAGGCAGGUGGCAAGCGGAACUAGCUCAUGUUGCAGUUGAGCUUAUUGCGGUUGUCACUAAUUCUGGUCGUGCAAGUUCAUUAGCAGCGACUGAUGCUGCUACUCCUACUUUAAGGCGUAUAGAGAGAGCUGCAAUAGCUGCUGCUACUCCAAUUAGUUAUCAUCCCAGAGAACUAUUGUCACUGAUACAUGAACACCUACAAGCAUCUGGAUUGGCAACAACUGCUACUACACUUUUGAAAGAGGCUCAAUUGAUGCCCCUGCCAUCAUUAGCAGCUCCAUCAUCUCUAUCACAUCAAGGCUCUGGACAGGAAAUUCCUUCUGUACAUGUCCAUUGGCCUUCUCGAAAUACAUCCUGCACAUUUUAUUCUGAUAAACUAAAAUCUGCCUCGUUAGAUGAAGAUUUCAGCAUUAAGCUUGAUUCAUCUGUGUCGUCUUCAAAGAAAAGAUCUUUAGUUUUUGCAUCUACACUUGGUUUGCAGCUCAAAUAUUAUGAUUCUUGCCCUGCAUCUAAAGGUAACAGUACUAUGAAGAAUUUAUGUGUCCCAGAAGGCACGUCAGAAACUCCGUCAUUAAUAUCUGCGAUAAAACCCAGUGGAGAUGCGGAUAAUAGUUUUAAAACUCCAAAUACGUUGCUAAUGAAGCGCAAGUUGUCUAAAACAGUUGAGACUGCAUCGUUUACAUCGAGAAAACGUGUUAAGAUCAGUGAUAAUGGAAUUCAGAAUGCAGAUUAUAUGACCCCUGGUAGUGUUCGUAGAAGCAGUCUGCUGGCUGAAUCAAAUGCUUUUACCACACCACGUGUUUUAAAAGACUCUCAUGGGAGAUUGAUAUCAGGUGGUUUGCUCUCUGAAAAUUUAGAGGAUAUCAGCAAUUCGGCUCAAGCAACACCUUCUGUACAUCGUGGUCUGUUAAAUGACCCACAAUCUGUUAGCACAGAACGACUGACUUUAAAUUCUAUUGUCACUCAGUAUCUAAAGAACCAGCACCGCCAUUGCCCAGCUCCCAUCACUACAUUACCACCACUCUCUCUUUUGCACCCACAUGUCUGUCCUGAGUCUAGGCAAAGCAUUGAUGCACCAUCGAAUGUGACUUCCCGACUUACUACACGUGAAUACAGAAGCAAGUAUGGGGGGAUCCAUGGAAGCCGCAGGGAUCACCAAUUUGUCUAUAGUAGAUUCAGACCAUGGAGAACGUGCCGGGAUGAUAGUGGUGCUAUGCUAAGUUGCAUGACUUUUCUAGGAGAUUCCUCUCAGAUUGCCACUGGUUGUGAUUCUGGGGAGCUUAAAAUUUUUGACUCUGACAACAGCAAUAUAUUGGAAUGCUUUACUAGCCAACAUGCUUUGACGGCUCUCCAGUCGCAUCUUUUCGAGGGGACACAGUUAAUUCUUUCUUCAAGCUCCCAUGAUGUGCAGUUAUGGGAUGCAUCUUCUGUGUCAAUUGGACCUAGGCAUUCAUUUGAUGAGUGUAAAGGUGGGAAGUUAAGCAAUUCAGGAAAUUCUUUUGCAGCAUUGUCAUUGGAGUCAACACGACGAGAAAUUCUGUUGUAUGAUAUACAGACCUGCAAAUUGGAUUCAAAGCUUACCAACAGAAAUUCGAGUUCAUCGGGGCGUUCGCAUGUGUAUUCUCUCAUUCACUUUAGUCCAUCAGACACAAUGUUACUUUGGAAUGGUGUCUUGUGGGACCUUAGGGAGCCCCACCCUGUCCAUCACUUUGAUCAGUUUACUGAUUAUGGUGGUGGUGGGUUCCAUCCAGCUGGUAAUGAGGUCAUCAUAAACUCUGAAGUUUGGGAUCUUCGGAAAUUCAGGCUUCUUCGCAGUGUACCGUCCCUGGACCAAACAGUACUUUCUUUUAAUGGCAGUGGAGAUGUAAUAUAUGCAACCUUGAGAAGAAAUCUUGAUGACCUUACGGCUGCCCUACAACCUCGACGAGUUAAACAUCCACUAUAUUCAGCCUUCCGUACUGUGGACGCUGUCAACUACUCUGAUAUUGCCACUAUACCUGUGGAUCGUUGUGUAAUUGACUUUGCAACUGAGCCCACUGAUUCUAUUGUUGGGUUGGUCACGAUGGAUGACCCUGCAGAAAUGUAUUCUUCAGCCAGGGUGUUUGAGAUAGGUCGCAGGAGGCCAACUGACGAUGACUCGGAUCCUGAUGAUGCCGAGACUGAUGAAGAAGACGAAGACGAUGAUGAAGACCUAGACGUGAAUCAAUUGCUGGAAAUUGUUGGAAAUGGUGGAAGUGAUAUGGAUGAUAUGAGUGAUGAUGAUGAUGCUCCAAGCGAGCUUGAGGACGAUGAAGAUGAGGAUCAAGAUGAAGAUGAUGGGGUAUUCAUGAUUGAUGACCAAGACGAAGACGGUGGAAUGCUGGAAUUUGUGAUGGAGGGUGAUGAUAGUCAGGUUGAUGAAUCAUCUAGCAGCGACACAGACGAUGACGACUCUGAAGGUUCCUUCUAGAGUCUUGCCACAAUUACAACCUGAAUAGCUGAGAUUAUAUCAGAGAUAGUCCAAGUUUCAGUUCUGCCUUAUACUUUCAUCGCGUAUACUUCCAACAGAAUUUUGUGUUAUCUGGAGGACCAGAGCCUAGUUUAGUGAUUUUUGAUUUCAUUCAAUUCUUUACGGGCAUUGUUGCGACGGUACUUUCUUGCCUGAAUAGACUUCUGAGCUCAGCUUAGUUGUCGACAAAUUUUGGAUACAAGUAUAAUGGUUUUUUUUUCUUUUUAAUACAUGUAAUGUUGACAGGAAGCCCAGUUUUGUAAACAGGGAUCUCUGACAGGAAGCCCAGUUUUGUAAACAGGGAUCUCUGACAUGAUUUAUUAAAUUUUAAAUCAUGUUAUAUGGACACCUUUGGUUAUA